AGCAUAAACAUUUCGAAGCUUUGUCCAAAUUUUUACAAACAAAUAUUCAGGCUUGUUAUAUUUAUCGCAGAUAUAUGCCAGACUUGUGUUGUGAUUAAGCUUUGUAAAAGUAAUAGAAGAAUAUUCGCACAAACCGAAUUUAAAAAAAAUUAAAGUCGGGUGUUUGGUGGCAGUGCAAAAAUUAACAUAGUGUAAUGGCUGAAUCGAUAAAAGAGUCUCCAGAACUACAGCAUAGUCACAAAACGAACUCGGAAAAUGCAGACCUUUCAGCUAAGUCACAAGUUGAUUCAUCUAGCGAAUCUGACGGUAGAAAAGGUUUUAUUUGUGGUGUAGUUGAGGGCUUUUACGGUCGUCCCUGGACAACGGAGCAACGAAAAGAUCUCUUCAGAAAAAUGAAGGAAUGGGGAAUGGAUUCCUACGUAUACGCUCCGAAGGACGACUACAAACAUCGAGCAUAUUGGAGAGAACUGUAUACAGUAGAAGAAGCAGACCAUCUAACAGGCUUGAUUAGCGCUGCACACGAACAAAAUAUUAAUUUUUACUAUGCACUUUCGCCAGGAUUAGAUAUUACAUAUAGCAACAGCAAGGAAGUUGCGGUCCUGAAACGUAAAUUAGACCAGGUAUCGCAAUUUGGUUGUAAUGCAUUUGCCUUACUAUUUGACGACAUUGAACCGGAAAUGUGUAAGUCUGAUAAGGAAGUUUUCCAGAGCUUUGCUUAUGCACAAGUCUCAGUUACGAAUGAAAUUUACAAUCAUCUUAACUGCCCUCGUUUUUUGUUCUGCCCUACGCAGUACUGCAGUUCAAGAGCAGUACCCACUGUGAAACAAUCGGAGUAUCUCAAUACAUUAGGCUCAAAACUUAUACAAAAGAUCGAUGUUAUGUGGACUGGCCCAAAAGUUAUUUCCAAACUACUAACUAUAGAAUGUAUUCAAGAAAUCACUGAAGUUUUGAAACGACCUCCCGUAAUAUGGGACAAUCUGCAUGCUAAUGAUUACGACCAGAAACGAGUUUUCCUUGGUCCUUAUUCAGGUCGCUCACCUGAGCUGAUUCCUCUACUACGCGGAGUGGUCACUAAUCCAAACUGUGAAUUCCAUGCUAAUGCCAUUGCUAUUCAGACACUAGCUUUUUGGAGUAAGUGUAGUUCAGAUACGAAAAUUAGUUCUUCAAUAUCGUCAGAUGUAAAACUAGAAACGGAAAAUGAGGAAGGAAUCUGUCAGGAGGAUGCACCUGCAUUUUUAUCGAAAAAUGUUUAUCAUCCCAGACUAGCCUUAAAGAAUGCGAUUAUCAACUGGCUGCCGGAGUUUUAUCACGAAAAAGAAGCAUGGGGGCCAAUUUGUAAACCUCAACCUGCGGUAACAAUGGUCAUGCCAAUUAUACCGAUCAUACCGUCCGUGAAUACCUGCAUGACGUUAACAUCGACUAGUACUACCACCACAACAAGUGCAAAUCCUCUGCCAGUUCCGGAAGUGAACACAACGCAACUGCAGCUGUUUGCCGAUGUUUGCAGUACUGUUACUACUAGUUCAGAAAACGUUCCUGCACCUAUAAUGAAUUCUUUAGUAUCGGCAACAAAAGUGAUUACUAACGAGUCGCUGCCAAAUCCAGUAGCUGCUGCAGUCAGCAAUAUAGCAAUUCCAGCAACAAUCCCAGUAUCUAGUAUACCGCUGCCAAUUAUGAGCAUUAAACCAACAUGCGAGGGGGCCGAAUGUAAAAAUCUUUCGAAGAAAAUUGCUAUAGUAGAAGAAAUAAAUGAAGUUUCCUGUACCAGGGAGGUCGAGCCGCUGGAAGAAGACGCAGUGAUCGAAAACGAUUUGGAACAAAAACAAUUGGACGAAUCUUCGGAAAAACGAAAAUCCGUGUCUUCCGAUGUCCCUUUGCUUGUCGACGAGGAAUUCAAGGAAGAACUCGAAGUAGAGGUUAAGAUACUCAAGGAACCUGAGACUUCUGAAUUGCGCAUGUUUGAGGAUAGUGAAGAUCGGGGCGAUACUGAAGUGAAAAUGUUGGAUUUAGAAGAAAAUGAAAUAAAAAUGACGGACGCUAGCGAGGGAGAGGAAAAAAUGACUGUAAGCGAAGAGGUUGUGGUUAAUCAAAUUAAAAUCAAUAUUGAAGAUGAUGAUGUUAAAGUUGAAGAAGUAUUCAGCAGCAAUAACCUAUGCGCAGCAACGGUUGGACCUUGUUCCGAGCCUAUGGAAUGUGGCAGCAAUCUCACCUCACCUAAACAUAUAAUGAAGACACACUUUGACGAUGUCAUGAUGUCGGAAACUACUUCGACUUGUUCCGGUGUCAUGCAGGUAGAGAGCUCCGAUACAUCAUUGACUUCGAACGCAGAUAUGGUGGACGAUAAGAGCACUAGUGAUAAGGACAUUACUAGUACUGACAUCAUGUUGCUUUGCGAUUUAUUUUAUUUACCAUUCGAACAUGGUAGUAAAGCUCUACAACUAUUAUCAGAAUUCUACUGGCUUAAAACUAAUGCCAAUGUUCUUUGCAAGCGUAAUCGAAAGGCGGUUACCAAUGCAGCUACGGCGGCUACUGUUUCUAACGGGCCCACGAAUUCCGAUGAACGAGGUGACGAAUGUAGCCACCUGAAUGGAGCGGUGUCUCCUAUCGGGGAAAUCAAACACGGAUGUAAUAAAAGUGAAGUGCAAGAAUGGUUGCGGAGGUCAGAUUCGUUUGAGAAUUUAUGUCAAAGUAUUUUCCAUAUGGCUCGGAAAUUAGCACGAUGUCCAAACAAAGAGCUAUGCUACGAUUUGUUUUCAUACGUAUGGGAUAUCGUGGCAGUACUUUCCCUACUCAGUGCUUUUGUGAAAUGGUUAGCACUAGGCCAUUUCCCAAGUAAUAUCAAUUCAUAUACACAAGGCGGAUAUACAUGGUUCAGUAAAGGCUGGAAGGAAACCUUCAUGUCUGGAGAUCAAGAACCGUGGGUAUUUCGUGGUGGUCUUGUAGCAGACUUGCAACGGCUAAUCCCGCUUGAUGCCGGCAAUGAUCUGUUUCUGUAUAAACUACCAGAGACGUCUGCCGUAAAUUUGUACACCAUUCGACCCUAUAUACACUCUGAUGAAGAAAGUGUUUACGCGGUGUGUCAGCGUACUAUGAGAGAUGGUGACGAUUUAAAUGACAGUCUACCGGAAGGAUUCAGAAAUGUUUUAGGAGAUCGGUACGUAGGUCCGUUUUUGACACUUACACCUCAGUUCUGUAUGGUUAUCGAGGAUAAUAACCUUGGAGUGAUAGGAUACGCUUGCGCGGCGCUCGAUACAAAAACAUUUAUUCGUAACCUUGAGCAAUGUUGGAUACCAGAGAUGUGCAUAAAGUAUCCAAUUUCAAUACUAGAGGAUGUUGAAGGUUCAAACAAAAAUAGUGUCAAAACGACCCAUAGCAUACCACCACAAAUUGUUCGCAAUAGUAUUAUGUACUUCCACAACUUUACUAAUGAAUAUCCUGCUAGUGUUGUCAACUCACACCCAUCAGUGAUGUGCUGUCGCAUACUUAAAUCCCAUCUGGCCGAAGACGAAACUAUUUGCAAACGUGUUGUAACCGUUCUAUUGGCAGCAUUACGUUCAAAUGGUCCCUCGUUUGGUGUGCACGUUUGCAUUAGCCGAUCCGAUCGGUUUCUCUACCAAUUCUACUCAAAGCUGGGCUUUGUUGAAAUCUAUAGAGAUGAAUGUGAUUCUAAUAUGUAUUUGGGAAGAAACUUUUGAUAGCCGUAUUUCUUACAUACGAAGGAAACGAUAAAGUGAAGACAUACUGACAAGAAAAUAUCAAAUGUAUGCAGAAUGGUAUACAAUGUUUAUACUUAUCACUGUUAUGUGAGCAGAAAGAAAUUCGAAAUAGUUAAACCAAU